GGGAACAAACCUGUCUAAAACUUUCAGUUUCAGAAUGCUGGAACUGCUUGGUGCUGAUUUCUCCCCUGCUUAUUACAUCUGGGAAACCUGCUUUAUUCCCUGCUUCACAUGCACAAGCGAUAGCACACCUCUAGGGUACUGUAGUGUGUUUGCAUGUGCAUUUAAUACUCCCAAUUAAGACAUUAAUGUUGGAAGCUUGUGACUGAGGGCAGAGCCAUCAUGUGGUAUCACUCUUGUGGCUUAUUGUGGCUCACUUGUUUAUAUUUAUAGACUUAAAGUAAUUAGGCUAUUGCCUUGUAAAUGCACAGCAUGGAGAAACACAUCUAGAAUUGGCUCUCAUUAUAUCUUAAGGUAAGCAGUUUUGGAGUGGGAUUUCAAUUGGAUCAGAGACCAUUAAGGAAAACCCAGGGUGGCAGAAGAAGUAAGUGAUUCUGUGGGCUUACUCUUCUGUGUUGGUACUGAGGAGGUGCUAGAAAUGCCACCUUUCUAUGGGAUGUGAAACCAAGGUCCCCCAAGGUGCUUUUUGCAAGGAUGAGGCUGUUGGCUCUGGUUUCCUAGGCAUGUUUCAACUUCAGAUAUUUGCUUUUCAAUGCACGUCAUCAUCUAUGUCCUCUGUACUACUGUCUGCCAAGCCUCUGCUCUGUCUUCGUUUAGGUCCCUUCUAAAAGGCUUGCUUGUUCCACAAUGACCCAAAAAACACUUUGCAAGGUGGGGAGAGGGUAGUUCCAAAAGUGCCCCAUUUUUUUACAUAUGGGGAAUCUGAGGCACAGAGAUGACGUGACUCACCCAAGAACACCCCAUUCAGUCAGUGGCAGAGCUGGGAAUAGAGCCUAUGUUUCCUGAUUCCCACUAUUCCAUGCUGCCUGUUAAACUGGAUAUUUGCCUUCAAGUGUUCAAGGGCGGAGGAGAUCUUUAACCUGCUGCAGGACCUGAUGCAGUGUAAUAGUAUCAAUGUGGUGGAGGAGCCAGUCAUCAUGACUAGGGGCAGUCACUCCACUGAGCUGGAGCUAUCCCGGACACCCCAGACAACCAACAGUAAGGCUUCCAGAGUACUAGCUCUGGGAUACACUGUUCCAGGGUUCCCCAACGGAUUCCACAGCUUCCCUGGGGAAGCCCCAUCCUACUCCACGGCCCGACACCCUUCCAUGAACAGCUUGAGACACUCCUCCAUUGGGGAGGACUCCACACAUGCCCUCAUUGGGCCGGAUGAGCAGUCCCACACCUAUGUGAACACAACCAGUGGCGAGGAGGAGAUGAGGGGCCGGCACUGCAUGCACUCGCUGCCUGAAGUCCACCCUCCUUUUCUGCACGGGAACCACAGCUGCUCUCUGGAGGACCGAAACCCCCAGGUCUUCCUGCAGCCGGGGGAGGUGAAGUUUGUGCUGGGCCCUGCCCCAGUUCACAGGCACAUGGUGAAACGUGACAGCUCCUGCCGUUACUAUCGGGAGUGCGGGGGGCACAUCUGCGGCCCUAACAACAACAACGAGUGCAAGGAUGAGUGCCUCGUGCCCAGGUGCGUAUAUGAGAAUGUGAAUGGCCUGCUGCCUGCUGGGGGCGCAUCUCUUCGGCGUGGCGGGCGCUUGAAACUCACCCGGGAGGACCUGGGCUUAAACAGCUGCUCUCACCGCAGGACGCCCCUGCUGAACUACGAGAACCUGCCUUCCUUGCCUCCUGUGUGGGAGUGCCAGCCGCUGCGGCAGGACGAGGACUCUGGGGACACGCUGACUCCUUCUCCGAAUGGCUACCCCGAGCCGGACGAAGGUGACCCCCUGCAAAACUACAUGAACUCGGAGAACGCCGCACUGCACAGCGGCCUACGUCGGGAUGACUUCUUGCAGCACCGCCACAACUGCACACCUAGUGUCUUCAGCUUCGACUUCCGCCGGCCCUGCCCGGAGCAGCAGCGUCAGCUCAACUACAUCCAGGUGGAGCUGGAGGCUGACCCCCACAAGGGGCGCCAGAGCCUCCAGGUGCCCUGCACCCCGCUUCCUGCCGCCCACCCAGCCAGCAGGAUGGACUCCUACGCGGUCAUUGACCUUAAAAAGACAGCAGCCAUGUCCAACUUGCAGAGAGCGCUGCCCAGAGACGAUGGGACUUCAAGGAAAACUCGGCAUAACAGCACCGACUUGCCUCUGUAAGGGAAACACUGCGUGCAAGCGCUGCAUUGUGGCUUUCGUACCUGCCUUUCAGUGUAUCGUGUAGCGUGACUUUCGUUCUCUAUUGCCCCGACGCCCUGUUAACCCUAUUGCUCAAUACAGCAUCCUGGGAUAGCUCCAGCAAGCGGACUUUACAAAUGUCUGCCUGCCUCUCUCCGUUCCUCCCAUGUCAUUUGUUUCUAAAGCCUUGCAGAGUAGCAGAAAACGGUCAUUUAUGUAUUUAUUUAUUUAUUUAAGUUAUUUUGUGGGGUGCCAGCAUUCGAAACGGCACCAAGCGGAGUAUAAAUGUAAACAGGUCAUUCGUGGACCAGGGUCAAUCCCCCUGCUUUCAUGUCAUCCAUGUCGGCAGCCUGUGGAGAGAAGACAGGGGGAGGGAUAGCUCAGUGGUUUGAGCAUUGGUCUGCUAAACCCAGGGUUGUGAGUUCAAUCCUUGAGGGGGCCAUUUAGGGAUCUGGGGCAAAAAUCUGAUUGGGGAUUGGUCCUGCCUUGAGCAGGGGGGUGGACUAGAUGACCUCCUGAGGUCCCUUCCAACCCUGAAGUUCUAUGAUUCUAUGCGAGGGAUGGAGAGAGUAUUGGGAGUGUUUAUAAAAAAAACCCAUAGGAGCAGGGGGAAAGACUGGGAAUGCAAGUGGAGUUUGAGGUUUGGGAUCAGGGAGCCCUUGGUGUGUACUUAUCUGUCUGCCUUUUUUGUGGAUAUUCAGAAAUGUUUUCCAGCUGUCGGUUUAUUUAUUUGUUUUAUUUUUCUAUCUAUUUAUUUUAUUUUGUAAACAUUCUUUUGCACCAAAGUUAAAAGUGCCAAGCCAGUGGCAACAUGGAAUGGA